CCGCAACGCCGUUCACUUUGAACAGGACGCGCGCGCCGAACGUCUCGACGCUUCGCUCGUGCUGCGCGCGGCAAAGCGACGCGUGCGUACGUACGUAUCGAGUGCGGAGGAGCGCCUCCUCUCUCCCCUCCGGGACCAUGACUCCUCAGUCAUUUCACUGCUACUGAACGGAGUACACCGCUGACACCGUAAACAUGGCGUCUUACCUUCAGAUCGCGGAUGACGAGAAGGGACACGAGCUGGACCUUUUCUGUGUCCCUAGACAUUAUGAGAGCGAUUUGGACAAGGUGAUCAUCCCCCAUGGACUCAUCAUGGACAGAACCGAGCGUCUUGCCCGUGACAUAAUCCGGGACAUGGGCGGACACCACAUUGUGGCGCUGUGUGUGCUUAAAGGAGGCUACAAGUUCUUUGCAGACCUCCUGGACUACAUUAAAGCGCUGAACCAGAACAGUGAUAAAUCAGUCCCGCUGACAGUGGAUUUCAUUAGGGUGAAGAGCUACUGCAAUGACAAGUCAACGAACAGUGUCAAAGUCAUAGGAGGGGAUGAGCUGUCUAAUCUCUCAGGCAAGAAUGUUUUGAUUGUUGAGGAUAUUGUUGAGACAGGAAGGACGAUGCAGACACUACUUUCCCUGCUGAGUGAAUGUAAUCCCAAAAUGGUUAAAGUUGUAAGUCUUCUGGUGAAGAGGACCCCGAGGAGUUCAGGGUACAGACCAGACUACAUCGGCUUUGAGGUACCAGAUGCUUUUCUUGUAGGCUACGCUUUGGACUACAACGAGUACUUCAGAGACCUCAGUCACAUCUGCAUACUGAAUGACCAAGCCAAGGAGAAGUACAAAGUGUGAGCAGACGUAAUGCUGCAGAAGCCAUGACUGAAUCGACCACUGUGACGACCCCCCCUCCUUAGCUUUUCCACUGUUUGGAAUCUUAUUUAUUUUUCUACACAAGAAUCCACAAAAUGUGAGUUGUGGAAUGUAAAUAACCCAAAGACAAAUGUUUCUUUCGCCCAUGUUCAUAAAAUGGGAUCACCUAUGUAUAUUAAGAAUGUUUUGGUUGUUAGUUUUUAAUUUAUUUAUUAAUUUAUGUGUAUUCUGUAAAUUGCAGUUUUAUCUAGGAGAUUCAUUUGCUCCGGCAUCACAGGUCUCACUCAGGCUACUGUUUUAUUUUCAGUGAGCUGACCAGCUCCUUUGUUCAUUUUUGUUAAGAUUCAUAAUGCUGACAUGUAUAUGAAUAUUCCCCCGUUAUGUCAUAAAAUGACUUGGAAUGUACUGUAUGUUUUAUUUCAUGUAUGAAGGACCUGUUUACAGCAAUACACAUCAAGAUGAAAACA